ACCAUACUCUUCGCCACAAUGUCUUGGUUUCAUCCGGAGACACCCAUGACGGCCUCCCUUUCCUUUCCUUGCAUAUACGCUAUGACACUCCUGGAUCCUCUGACCACCAACGUAGUGACCAUUACGAGGCUCCUAGUUGUGACCACGCACGCAGUACGAAGGAUUGCAAAGACGUGUACAGAAAAGCAGAAGUGCACUACCAACAGGACAGCAGAAGAUAAUGCUUACUCGAAAGAAGGAUCUGUGAGCUUAAUUGAGUGCUCAUUUGCUCGGAAGCCAACUGAAGCUUCCGGUGGUGAAAUCAAGGAUGUAUGCCUUCAAGGAGUUAGCUUCGAUUUGGAGCCAGCAUCGUUGGUGGGCGUAGUGGGCACCGUUGGCAGCGGCAAGUCGACACUGCUUCUCGCACUUCAAGCGGAGAUAAGCUGCGUGCUUGGCGAGUGCAAAUCUUGGGGUACAAUGGCGUUCGUGCCUCAGAACGCCUGCAUUUACAACAUGUCCAUCAGGGAAAACAUCCUCUUCGGGAAGCCACUCGAUUACGACUACUACAUGCCAGUGAUAAAUGCCUGUGGACUGCUGAAGGACAUGGCACGCCUGCCAGCCGGAGAUCUUACCGAAGUCGGAGAGAAGGGUGCGACGCUUAGUGGCGGACAGAAGCAAAGAAUCGCCCUUGCUCGGGCGGUCUACAGCGACAGCAGCAUCUACCUGCUGGACGACACACUCAGCGCUUUGGACGUACACGUGGCUUCCAACAUUUUUCACCGAGUUAUCGGGCCACGUGGAAUCCUCAGCAAUAAGACGAGAAUAGUUGUGUGCAAUCAGGAGAAAUAUCUCAAACAUAUGGACAAGAUACUCCUUGUGGCGGACAGACGAGUGCGUUGCUUUGAAAGCUUCAACGAAUUCGUGCGUGAAGCAAACUUUAAGCAGGCACCUCCUCCGGAAGAGGAACCAAACAACCGGGAACGUCAACAUAUACUCAGGAGUUCGAUGGAGAUUGAAGGGAGCAUCGUUGAGGCAACCAGAGUGACAGAGGACGAAGUCGAGAUGUCGAAAACCAGCACGAUUGAUAUGUUACUGUCCGCAUCGCGCAUGGGAAGUCCCUGGUUUGUUCUGGCUUUGGUCAGCUUCGUCGUACGAGCGGCUGCAGUUGGGGCGUACUUGCUUUGGGUGAAGCAAUGGACCGCUUCGUACGCCCUCGAGAAGUCUACAACCCAUUGGGUCACUGGGAUCGCCGGCCUUUGCUUCGUAGAUGUACUCUGUGGAUGCCUCGGCGCCUGUUUCUUAGCGCUCGGAUUUCAGCAAGUGUCAAGUCGACUUCACCGCGAGAUGGUUUGGCGUGUGCUCAAAAGUCCUGUUCGCUUUUUCGACGCUACGCCAAGGGGCCGCUUGCUCAAUCGCUUCUCGACUGAUCUAGACAACAUCGACACGCGCCUUUUCGUGUCUACGAAGCAGGUGAUGCAGACGCUGCCUGUGGCACUUGCCAAGAUUACCGUGACGGGGAUUCAGUCUCUGGGUUCCGGUAUUUUAGGAGGCUUGGCAGCAGCAAUUUUCGUUGUGCUCGUGGCGUACUUGGCCAAGGCUUCAAACGCAGCGAGACGCCUCGAAAGCGUCGAGUAUUCUCGCCUCCUUCAACACGUGACGGAAGCACGCGAUUCGCUGGCUGUCAUUCGCUCGUACCGAGUUGAAGGACAUUUCUGCCGUCACUGUUACCGACUCGCAGACGCAACAAUACGUGGGCUGGCCACGUACAUUGACAUCCUCCGGACCGUGCGGUUCUCGGGAGGCCUGUGUGGACUAGUGAUUACUAUGGCAACGCUCGCCUUUGUCGUGUCAACACCGAGCAACGGUGCGGGAUACGACGGCAGCGGCAUUGGGCUCGCUAUUAGCUCUUCCAUGGGGAUCGCCAUCCUCUUCACAGCCGUCACUUCUGGGUUGUUCCUCUUCUUUCAAACGUCCGUGUCUUUCGAGCGUUGCCUGGAGUACACCCGGCUGCCUCCAGAGGAGGACACGUGCCAUGGUCACAAUGUGGAGAUGCAAAAGAAGCGAACGUCUAAGAAUCCCUGUGGCACCAUUCUCCCGCACGUGCCUGCCCCUGUCCGCGAGGAGUGGCCGUCUAAAGGGAAACUAAAUUUUGACAGCUACACGGCGUCGUACCGACCGGGAGUUCUGCCGGAUGUAUUGGUCGAUGUGACCUUCAAAGUGGAUUCAUGUGAAAAGGUUGGCGUUGUGGGACGCACAGGUGCCGGAAAAUCGUCGCUUGUGAUGGCCCUUCUCCGCGUCCUGAGAGCCACUGCCGGAGGUAUUCACAUAGAUGGAGUUGAUAUAGCAUCCGUCCCUCUUCGAACUCUGCGCUCGGUCAUCACUGUGAUACCACAGGAUCCAAGCCUGAUGCGGGGAACCUUGCGGGAAGUCCUGGAUCCCACAUGCACUUGCUCAGACGAGGAAGUUAGGAAGGCGCUGGUGGAAGUCCAUCUGAUCGACUUUGUCGCGCAGCACCCGAAGAACAUAUUCAUGGAAAUCGGAGAAAGCGGCAGCAACCUGAGUGCCGGUCAGAGGCAGCUGGUGUGCCUCGCGAGGGCUCUUCUCCGGAAACCACGGAUUCUUGUCCUCGACGAAGCGACGUCACACAUGGACGGCAACACGGACAGACUGAUACAGACGACAUUACGACAGAGCUUCAUCGGAUGCACCAUGCUUACCAUUGCACACAGGCUGAACACAGUGCUGGAUCACGACAAGAUCCUCGUGAUGGAUGGCGGUCGUGUUGCCGAGUUUGGCGCCACGCUUGAGCUCGCACUGAAUCCACAGUCUCGUUUUCAUGCCAUGUUGAAGACAGCAGGACUAACACCGGAAGACGUUGGUUUUUGUGCGGAGCCGGGGAAUACUGUUUGUACUCAUUUGUAACUCAAUAUUUGCCGAGAGAAGACGCGAGCCAUGCUAGGUGCAAGCAGUGGCGCGAGACAUUGCGAAGACCUGGACUACGUAGGAAACCUCUGCAGGAAUCUGUCCUGUUUUCUUCUUCAUAGCCUUAUAGCCUCAUUACAAGUGUAAGAACGAGCUCUUCAAGGACCACCGACAAAGAGAGACUGGAGUCUUCGCAGAGAUCCUCAGAGAACCCCGCAGAUUUUAUUCAUUGCCCUCGAUGGCCCUGCUUUUCCUUUAAGUUUGCCUAACGAAUUCGCUUCUCUCCAAGCGCUUUCGAAAACAUUUGGCCAGAAGCUCUGUCGCGAGUCAAGAAAUCGGCCAAGCCAAAUGUUGGUGUCAAUGUUGCCAGCAGAAGCCACACGCCAGUGUGUCGACGAAGGCAAUAAACUAUGAC